UUCUGUUUUUCUUUUUCUUCGCAUCAAUCUGGAUGUAAAAGCUGAAAAUUAUGUUCUUGCAGAUUUUGCCAAGAGAACGGAAAAAACAUGAGUAUUUGGAGGCUGUCAAGAAUCGUUACAAACAUCUUCCUGAAGUCAAGCGCAUUGUCAGACACAGGCACUUGCCAAAACCAAUCUACAAGGCAACCAAACAAAUACGUGAGAUCACUGAAUCUGAGAGGCGAAGAGAGGAGAGGAGGAAAGCUCACAGUGCCCCAGGAAGCAUUCAAAAUAAGCCAUUGCGGACGCAAAGAAUUAUCACAGAAGCUGAAUGAAAAGUGUGGUUGUCUUGAUCUGCUAAUGCAUGUUAACUAGGCCAAAUUUGAACCGGUUUAGAAAGUUAUUAAUUACCUAUUUUCACAGUUGUUGGAAGGCCCAUGGGAUAGUAUAUUUUUUUAUCAGAGGAAAAGGUCUUACAUUUCAACGAUCGAGAUAUAGUGGUGGACUGGUGGUUACUUCUGUUAAACUUAUGUUACUCUAAUCUUUCUUCAUCUUCCGGGUUAAUUGCAUAUAUUUUCCAUGUGGUU